AUCACGGAACAUGUAAAACAUUUAAAAUCAGGCUUUCCUGCUGUAUCUGAUUGACCACGGAACAAUGUGAUAAGCAUCUUUAAUGGACUAGAAUAACUUUAAAGAAUAUUUUUCAAUAUUUUGGCAAAAAGGAGAUGGCGAAAAGGAUUUUUCAAAUAGGUAAAAACGGCCUCUGCCUUUGUAAAAAGAGUUCAUCUCGUGGAACAUCUCUAGUGACCUCGUGGCACGGAUAGUAAAUGGAUUUUUAGACACUGGACCGUCCGAUAAACUCGAUUCACUGCACAACACUGAACAAUAAUGUCUUCUGAAACUCGUGUUUUUCUGGUAUGAUGAUGAUGACGCAGGACGCGACCGGAUUUCUUUGUCAAAUUCAUCUGGAAGCUGAAAAUUUUUGGGCACACAACAAAAGACUAUUGAGAGAACUAGAGCAAGAGGAGAUCCUUUAUAUAAUAAAGGUAUAGAAACGUGGUCCUCCUCUUUGUGAUUGGAAGAUCGUAAAAACUGUGUCAAAGUGGAUGAAAAUCUCGAUUUGAAAAAGGAGCCGCACGUGAAUUUUAUUCCCUUUUGAAAUCAGGAUCAAACACAUUAAGAAGAGAUUCCGCAUUUGAAGAAUUUGAGAAAGGAGGAUUUGGUUUCGAUUUUACAAAACAAUAGAUUUAUUGAGCGUUGAGACUUUGGAAUAAAUUUUUGAUUAAAAUCAAUGCACCAGGAUCAAAACAAUAUAAAAAUGUCGCUUUGGGAGAAAGCUCAACGAUUGCCACAACAUGCUUUGCAACAAGUACGAAACAUUUAUGGAGACCAUUUCCCCAUUGAAGUUCGACAUUUUUUAUCUUCAUGGCUCGAAGAUAAAAUGUGUAUUUUCAGGAAUACAAUUGAUGCCGAAAAUCCACAAUAUGAGCAAUAUAUAGCAACAUUGGUUGGAUCUUUCAUUCAGGAACUUGAGUCGAAGGCCAAUUCUCUUCAUACAAGCGAUCUUUUCCCAACUAAAAUAAAACUCUCUGAAGCAGCAGUAUAUUUUCGCCAAAAAUAUAGUCAGAAUCCAAUAGCAUUAUUCAAAUUGAUAAGGCAUUGUCUAUUGACGGAAAUGAAAUUAGUUGCACAAGUUGAUGAUUUGGGUAAUACAAUGAUGAUGAAUAUGGCUGAUCCAAUGAUGAGUGGUGAUACUGCUACUGAGAUUGCACAACAAGUUGAUGCACUUCGUCGGCAAACACACGAGACAGGUGAGGAACUACGUAAAAUGGAACAAGAAUUGGAAGGAUUUGCUCUCAGUUAUCAUGAAUGCACAAAAAUAAAUGCAACACUGCAACAUUUGUCGACACAACCACAAAAUCAUCAGAAUAUUGAUUACGAAAAGAAAAUUACAAGACAAAAGGAGCAACAAGAACAAUUGUUAAAUCAUAAAGUAGCAACAAUGCUGCAACUACGUUUGAGUAUAGCUGAUAAAUUGAAAGAUAACGUAGGUAAAUUGAGUAUUUUACAAUCGAGAGUUCUCGAUGAUGAAUUAUUGAGGUGGAAGAGAGAUCAGCAAUUAGCUGGCAAUGGAGCACAGUUUAACAGUAAUUUGGAUACAAUACAAGAAUGGUGUGAGAAUCUUGCUGAAUUAAUUUGGUUGAAUCGACAACAAAUUAAAGAAGCUGAACGACUUAAGCAAAAAUCGGUACGUGAUCCACCGGGUUUACAGGAUGUACUUCCUGCAUUAAAUUCUCAAGUUACUCAAUUGUUAAGCUCAUUGGUUACAAGUACCUUUAUUAUUGAGAAACAACCACCACAAGUGAUGAAAACAAAUACACGAUUUACAAGUACCGUACGUUUAUUGGUCGGUGGUAAAUUGAAUGUACAUAUGACACCGCCACAGGUUAAAGUAAGCAUAAUAAGUGAAUCGCAAGCGCUUGCAUUAUUAAAAACUGAUACAAAAAUGGCAAAAGUGACAAAUGAAGCAAGUGGUGAUAUACUGAAUAAUACAGGAACAAUGGAAUAUCAUUCAGCGACAAGGCAAUUAUCCGUUAGUUUUCGUAAUAUGCAACUAAAAAAGAUCAAACGAGCCGAGAAGAAAGGAACUGAAUCGGUAAUGGAUGAAAAGUUUUCUCUUUUCUUCCAGUCACAAUUCAGUGUUGGUGGCGGUGAACUUGUCUUCCAGGUAUGGACUUUAAGCCUGCCGGUUGUCGUGAUUGUUCACGGUAAUCAAGAGCCACAUGCAUGGGCAACAGUCACUUGGGAUAAUGCGUUUGCUGAGCCGGGACGAGUUCCUUUUGUCAUUCCAGAUAAAGUGCCAUGGGGUCAGGUAGCUACGGCUUUAAAUGUGAAAUUCAAGUCGGCAACUGGACGUUGUUUAACUGAGGAUAACCUUCGUUUUCUUGCUGAAAAAGCAUUCCGUAAUACCCAUCCACUUACUCAAGACUAUACCAAUCUUCUUCUCAGCUGGGCACAAUUUUGCAAAGAACCAUUGCCCGAGAGGAAUUUUACAUUUUGGGAAUGGUUUUAUGCUGUUAUGAAACUUACUCGUGAACAUUUAAGAAAUCCCUGGAUCGAUGGAUAUAUUCUUGGUUUCUUGAGGAAGAGGCAGGCUGAGGAGAUGCUUGCCAAUUGUCCUUCCGGCACUUUCCUCAUGAGAUUUUCUGAUUCAGAAUUGGGCGGUGUAACGAUUGCUUGGGUUGGAGAUACAUCGGAAGUAUUUAUGCUUCAACCAUUUACAAGUAAAGAUUUUGCGAUUAGGAGCUUGCCUGAUCGAGUCUCUGAUUUGCAGCAUUUGCUUUAUCUUUAUCCAGAUAUAUCAAAAGAUCAAGCAUUUUCAAAGUACUAUACUCCCUUUUCAGAGAAUCAAUCAGUAACUAAUGGAUAUGUUCGACCAUUGUUGGUAACACAUGUACCUGGCUGGGGUGGACCUGCCAUUGGUGGGCAAACUCCUUCGCAUUCUUCACUUGUUGGUGUAGGAGGAUCGAGUCAAGGUGGCCCUGGCGGUAGUUAUCCCGCUACACCUUCAACAAUGUUCCAAGCACACAGCCCAGAUCCAUCGGUGACCCGAGAUACACCCUCGGUCGCUUCCAGUUACGCUCCGGGUCUUGGCCAAACGGGAACUGGACGGUCAAACGCGGACAUGGAAUACGUCGAUAUGAUGGGUCCAGAUCUUCCUAUUGUCGAAGAAAACCUCAGCCUAGAACAGAUCAGCAAUUUUAAUUUCCCCGAAUUCAUCCAGAAUUAUGCAAGACCUCAGUAGGUAUGUUUUUUUUUUUUUUUUUUUUUUUUGUUUUUCUAUGGUUUUUCAUUUACCAAAAUUGUCAUAAUUCUCGUCACGCGAAAUUUAAUGCGAGGGGCAUUUUGUUUUAAGUGUCACGAGAAAUUCGUUAAUUAUUAGCCAAACAAGAUUCAUACAAUAAUCUUAUUUAUGUCUAUAUAAAAUACAGCUAUUAAUGUGUGCAAUAUUAUUAAUUUUUUUUGGGCUGAGACUGACUAUGUUAUUUGUGGGAUGUUAUAAAAAAAAUAAUGGCUCCAAAUUUCGAAGGUGACAUUAUUAUUUUUUAUUUGUUUUUAAAUAAUAUUUAAUUUCAGUGCCUUUUUAUUGUCAGUACCUGAUGACAGAAAAAAAAAUGUGAAACUUCGUGUAAAUUGUUUGCAAAAAAAAAAAAAAAAUAUAUAUAUACGUAUACGUUACAUGAAUAAUUUUUGAGUUUCAAUUUUUGUUUGUUUUUUUAAAUCAUUGAUUACUAAAUGAUUUGUAUGGAAAUUAUUUGCUGCUUUAUUGUUAAAAUAUUAAUAUUGCGUUUAUUAAUACAGUAGAUUACUAAUUGUCUUGAUAUAAUAAUUUUAAUUACAUAAUUACUAUUAAUUAAUAAUUACAGUUCCUUAAUUAAUAUUUUAGAGAAAAAAGGACGAUUUUAAUAAUGUUCAGAGAAAAUGCUAAAUGAUUUUUUUUUUUUAUCAAAAAAAUAAGUUAUUUUACUUUUUUAUUUUCAAUUAUAGUAAAAUUUUUAAGAAAUAUUUAAAUCAGGAAAAAAAAUUUAUUCAAUUACUUUGAAAACUUUAAAUAAUGGAAAUUGAAACUCAAAAUAUUCUUUGUUUUAAAUUGUGCAACAACCUUAAACGACAAUAAUUUUAUUGUAUGGAAUAUUAAAUUCGAAUUUAAAUAUUUUUAACCAUAAAUAUAUUUUUUUUGAAGAAUUUCUACCUUUUACACAUUUUUCUGGAAUGUGAAAAAAUUUUCGACUCGUAGUUUUUUUUAGAAUAUAUAUAUCAAGGAAGUAUUUGAUUUUAUUUACUAAAAGGUACAUAAAGAAAUGUGGAGAUUUUUUUUUAAUGAAAAUUAUUGAAAAUAUUCUUUUUUUACAAAAAGAAAAAAUGACAACAAAAAUAAAGUACAUUUUUUACGCCUUUUUUCGAAAAUAAAUGUUCUCUUGAUUCAAAAAUAAAGGAGACAUUCGUGCCUUUUAAGGUUGUUAGUACAAUUUAAAGAAAAAAGGAAAAUAAAAUUAUAAAGUCUGUA